AAAUACAAGUGCAACAUAAUCUUUGCACUUUCUUUGUUUCUUUUGUGUUCUGUUCUAAUUGAUUGGACAAGAUCAUAGAGAAAAAUAUGCUCCUAAAGUUGUUCUUCCAAAGCUUCAACAUAAUCAUUCUAUUUUUGUAGCUGGCUUUUGCUAUGUGCUGCUUUGUUUGUUUCUUUGUUUGAAUUUUCUUAUUCUCUCAGCCGAAGAAUGAGUCAGAGUCAAAGACAAAGACAAUGUCAAGUGGUUUAGGUGGGAAUAUGGAACACAAAAUUGUAGACUCUUAACCGCAAAUGCUUGUUUUGAACCACCACAAUUCAUUACCCACUCAAUAGUCAAAACUAUGGCAACAAUGUUUUGAUGGGUUUGGAUCAAAUUUCUAUCUUUUUCAUCACCCUUUAAGCAACAUGUUAGGAGAAGAGGAUAAGGAGAAAAAACUCUCCAUCAGGAGAACCUAUUCACGUUCAGUUUCAUGGACAGAUCGUUCUCCAAAUAGCCAUAAACCACCACUAGGAAAUAGUAAACCAAGACCACUUUUACCACCUCUUCAACCUCUUUCAAUCAAUAAACGUAGCGUUGAAGAAUGGCCAAGUGCUGGAUCUGAUGAUCUUGGUGUUUGGCCUCUUCCACAGACUCCAAGAGGGUCUAUUACAAUCAAUGAACCUACCAAAGAUUUUCAGUUCAAAAGAGAUAAAUUAGCUUUCUUUGACAAAGAGUGUUCAAGAAUUGCUGAACAUAUUUACUUGGGAAGUGACACAGUGGCCAAAAACCAUGAACUUCUCAGAGAAAAAGGAAUAACACAUGUGCUUAACUGUGUUGGUUUUGUUUGUCCCGAGUAUUUCAAAAGUGAUUUUGAGUACAAAACACUUUGGUUGCAGGACAGUCCAACUGAAGAUAUAACAAGUAUUCUCUAUGAUGUGUUUGAUUACUUUGAGGAUGUUAGAGAACAAGGUGGUCGUGUUCUUGUUCAUUGUUGUCAAGGGGUUUCGCGAUCAACGGCUUUGGUGAUAGCUUAUCUCAUGUGGAGGAAGGGACAGAGCUUUGAAGAUGCUUUUCAGUUUGUUAAAACUGCAAGGGGAGUCACAAAUCCAAACAUGGGUUUUGCUUGUCAACUCUUGCAGUGUCAGAAACGUGUACAUGCUAUGCCUGCAAGUCCUAAUUCUGUUUUAAGGAUGUAUCGAAUGGCUCCUCACUCUCCUUAUGACCCUCUUCAUCUUGUUCCUAAGAUGGUUAACCAACCAGGUUCACUAGCACUUGAUUCGCGUGGUGCUUUUAUUGUUCAUGUUCCUUCUGCUAUCUAUGUGUGGAUUGGGAAAAAUUGUGACUUGGUUAUGUCAUGCAACGCAAAGAGUGCGGCUUUUCAGGUUGUGCGCUAUGAGGGAGCAAAGGGUCCAAUUUUGAGCAUCCGUGAAGAUCAAGAAUCAGCUGAGUUUUGGAUUGCUCUUUCUGAUCAGCAACGUUUGUCAGGUGAUUCUGAUAAACAACUGGUUUUGCCUACUGAAAAGAUGGAGAUUGGUCUAAGAAAAGUUGAUGCUUAUGAUUUGGAUUUUGAGAUUUUCCACAAGGCAAUUUCUGGUGGGGUUGUUCCACCUUUUUCUGUAGCUAAUUCUGGAUCAGAAACUUCUCUUCCUGCUACAGAACAUGGUUGGGCAAGAUUGAGGAGGAAAUUUGCUAGUGGUGUCAUGAAAGAAAUCUUAACAUCUCCCAAAUGGAAGUGUGAUGUGAUUAUGGAGGAAGAAAAACAAGAUUUUGCAGCUGAUGAUGAUCCCUUGUCAGCGUCGCCGUCAUCAAGUCAUCCAAGUGACUGUGGUUCUCCAGAUUCUUUUGAAUGUUAUCCGAACAGCUUAAGCAAGGCAAAAGAUACUGAUGAAGCCAUGGACUUGUCUGAAUCUGAUUCUGGUGUUGCUUCUUUGAUGCCACUAUCUCCUUGUGGCACUUCUUUUCCUUGUUGUUUUCCAAGCAGCAGCCCAAGAUUCAAUUCCAAGUCGCCAACACUUUCACCUUCAAGUUCUGAUUAUGCGAGUUCGUUUACAUUUUCGCCUUCCUCUACCAAUUGGUCUGACUUGUCAUUCAUGUCUUCUCGGCAGCCAUCACCAUCCGGCCAGGAAUCAAUUGAACCCUUGUAUGUUAAAGACGUGUCUUUCUCAACAAUACUUAGCAAAGAAGUUCUCUCUUCACCUUCGGAGUCAUUUUCGACUGAUGAUACUUUAGGAGGGGAAAACUCCCAUUUGUCAUCGAAAGGGUCUUUUUUCUCUAUUGCUGAGCGUAGAGGGAGUAGUAUACCGCCUCGGAUGAUGCUACCCUCAGUCAAUGAAUCCUCUAAGGUCCGUAAGAACCUGGAGGAAUGCACCUACUAACACCAAAAGUUGAACGAUAAAUAAGCCCCCAAAUAUUUUUCCCACUAGCAUACUGAAAUCAGGACAUGUAGCUUGCAUUACAGAUGGAAAUAUGGGAAAUUUGUUCAUAUAUAUAUAUAUAUAUAUAUAUAUACCCCCAAAAAAACAUGUAAUACUAAUCUGCGGAAAAGGGACAUGCAGUAAAUAAGGCCCAGGUGUAUGAUUAUUUCUUAAAGCCGUUCUGCGAUCUUAAAAGUGCCAUUGUGGGACCAAGUGCACUGCAUCUCAAGGCUCUCUGAGACCAUGACCUAUUCUCUGAACUAUCACCUUCUUUCUUCCAGCGAUCCUCCUGUGACAGCCUGGUCUUCUUUGCUUUUAAUGCCUCGUUGAUUUCAUCCCAAACAUUGACUUCCCCAUUUUCUGUAAAUGAGAAUCCAAAUACUUAGUAUAGUGCAGGUGCAUCAUCAUGUUUAUAUACAAUAAAUCAUGUACUUCAAGAAUUGUAAAAUGUACAUUACCUUUAGCAGUGACAUGACCCUCUAUUUGUGGCUUCGAGCUUCCCGCAGCAGUUUCAUUAUCCGCAGGUUUUUCAUCAGUGCUAUUGUUAGUUGCUUUUGUUGGAGUUACAAAAGCAUCGCUAUGAGCAACUACCGUUGCCAAAUCAGAGUGGCCAUGCUUAAUAAUUCGAACAUCAGCAAGAGAUGCAUAAUCUAUCUGUUGAAGGAAAAUACUUCAUCAUUUUGUCAGAUAGACAAUUUUAUUGGACAUUCACUGUCGAUAAGGCUUUUAUGUUAUGCCAGGAUAUAAUGUAAGAUAAAAUUAAAUACAUAAAUGACUUGUCAGAAAAUGAUGGAUAUCUAAAGAAUAGAAAAUUUCUGGA